CUGUCAUCCAAGUCAAAACCAACGACUCUUUUUUAAAGUUCUGAGACAUUCAGACGCACAUUAACAGCCAUGCAGAUGCAACGCACAAUAGCGACUACAGAAACUCAGACGAUAAGCAACAAGCAAAGUUUGGAGUGUGUACAGACUUUGCUCAAAGCUGGUCUGGGGUGUAUAGCAUACUUGAGGGGUCUUCUACCGGCCGAGAACUUCGGCGAAUAUCGACUUUCGUCUCAAAACAAUGGACGAGCCUCCUCUUCAUCUGGCUCUUUCUCGUCAGAUACUACCGGACUGAAAAUCAGUGGUGUCACGAUCAUGACCCUCAACCGAGGUUUUACUAAUGAAGGGGAUCGUAUAAUCGACUACCUGGAGAACGGCAUAUUUGAGGCCAUAGACAAGCAAUACCUUCGGAAAGUUAUAUUCGGCAUUUACUUGGACAGUAAAGAUCCUAACAACAUUGUGGAGGCUUACACCUUCAAUUUUCACUACCACAAGCUGCCUGGAAGUCGCACCGCCAUACCCAUCAUGACUCUUGGAGAUCAAUUGUCGAAGAUGUCUCUUGCGCGACCAGAUCCCGUUUCUGAAGCCCUCAAGAAAGGACAGAUACCGACUCUUGGGGAGGUUAAAAGGAGUGUUAAGGCAAUGAUCAAGUCGCUUAUAACUACUAUCAAUCAGAUGGAAAACCUUCCAAAAAACCGUUACGGAAAUUUCAAGUUGUUCUUCAACGAAGAUGCCCCUGAUGACUAUCAGCCCCCUCAUUUCCAGGCGGCAGAUGCCGAAGCCAACAGAUGGUUCUUUACUACCCAUGGGACUGGUGAAGUACCUGAACGAACGAGUAUCGGCCAAGUGAACGCAGGAUGGCAUGGCCUCGACAUGAAAGUAGUUUCAGUAUCGUCAUAUCUUCCUUCUAUAUCAGAAGACAAUAAUGCGCCAUUCGCGGGUAUCACGUCUCACACAGCCCCGAGGUUGACUCCAGUUGAAGAGGCAAGAAUUAGAGUAGAGGACGCACAGUUGCAGAAGAAAGAUGCAUUGGAGCGCAACAUCGUCUGGAGCGUAGAUGAAGACGAGGAUGCUGAGGGCGAGAUGGUAAUUGACGAAGGCAUUGUUUUGUCUAGGUUCGGUGGCGACGUAGUCAUGGCCCCCGUCGGUAUACGCAGCGAAGAUGGAGGGGUCCAACCAUUUUCUCAAGUCAAUGUUACUUCGUCGCGCGCUCAUGCCCAGUAUGAUGGUAUGCCGGAGUCGACCCCGAUACGUGUCGGAGACUUAAACAUUACAAAGGCCGCUCAUGACAUCGAGGAAACACAGCAGAUCCCGCCUACUCAGGAGAUUGUCAUGGGGUCACCGAUACCUGCUCCCUCAUUGAAUAAGGCUCUGUCCUUGCCUGCUUCUGAUGUUGCCUCUGCCUCCGCUAUCUCUACUGAAGAGGUUGAUACUCAGUACCUCCAGGAUCUACUUGGAAUGGGGAAUGGUGUGCCCACUGCGCCCGAUUCAGAGAUGUUGGAUAUGGAGACGCAGGUCCUGGAGGUGCCGGGACCAUCCUGCAAUUCAGGUAUCACUGGUCCACAGAUCCCUCGUCGUAACAAACGUUCCAAGGGCUCCGGGCGGUUGACAGAUGAAGGCCAACUUGACUGUGACUGCGGGAUAUCGAUUGACGAUGCUACUCUACUGUGUGAGGGCGGUUGCAACCGUUGGUUCCACGUCUGGUGCAUGGGAUAUCACGGUGCACGAGAUAAGCGUCUCCCUUCUCAAUUUAUGUGCUUUGAUUGUCGUCUCCGCGGCUCCCACGAGUGGGACAUUAUCGCGGGGAAGAUUCAUGCUGAUAUGAUCGCCCGAUACAAAGACCUAGCCCUCUUCAGGAGGGCUAUCAAAAUUUAUGAAGUGUAUCAGCCAUCCUCGGCGUUACUAUUCAGGGAGCACACAGGGUGCGACACUGCAUUAGUUGGUCAGCUUCUGACGAGACUAGAAGAGGAAGGCUUUAUUGCGGUUGAAAGCAUCGUCUCUGAUGAAUUAGGCAUUGGUGUUACCCGCUCCCACGCGAAAAAGGGCAAGAAAGGCGCGAAAACCAAAAAGCAGAAGGAGCUUCAAAAAACCAAAUAUGUCUUCCUCUCCAAGGCGAAACGAUCCAAGGCCUACGCUGAUUACUUCAACCCACUUACCGAGGUCGAGAAUCGCCUCAUGGGCCUAUCUGAUACGGCGCGAUGUAAAUCCAAAGCAGGACAAACCUCAGUGACUUCGGCUGAAACUGUAGAUUCCAACUUACGUCCUGAGGUUACGGCGCGGGCAGGUUCUUCUGAUGACGAAUCACAAACCCAAGAAGCGACUCAGAAUGUCCUCACGCUAGCAGUUGCCCAUCAAGCCGAAAAGCGCAAAGCUGCAACGGAUUUGGUGCACCGCGGGAAACGGGUCAAAAUAUCAAUCGGCUCAGGCGUUGAUCUUUGCGACUGAAACUUUCCAUGAAGACGUUUGGCAACGCUGUAUUGUGGUCAGUGCUCGAUUCAUGGAAGAACUGAUUAUAUGUCGAUGUGCCGCUCCAUGUUUCUCGGAGCUAGUCUUGCUGUGUACUCCCUCCACUCGCUGGGAAUUGUAGCAUCAUUCGAUUAAAUUUGUCCGCGUUCA